AUGCAAUACGUGGGAAAGGUUGGUGACUACGUCUACAACCAAUGGAAUUCGUUGAAUCCGGCCACUCUUUCAGGUGCCAUAGAUAUCAUUGUCAUCGAGCAACCAGAUGGAACCCUUCACACCUCUCCAUGGCACGUUCGUUUUGGCUUGUUCCAAAUUAUCAAGCCGCUGCAGAAAAAGAUCGACUUGUAUGUCAAUGACAUCAAGACAGAUUUGCCCAUGAAGUUGGGUGAAGGAGGAGAAGCCUUCUUUGUGUUUGAGACCGAUGCUGACGACUUGGCUCUGUCCUUAAUGACUUCCCCCGUUGUCAGUGCUGAAAACUCUCCCAAUUCGUCGCCACUGACAUCUCCGAGAGCAUCAUUUUCAGGUACAUCGGGUAAGAAUGAACCGGAUGAUUUGGAUUUGAACGAGGAAAUCAAACUCACCGCCGAGGACCUCGAGGGUAAGAUUAAACUCGACAACUCGCCUCCGCCAGCAAUGUCUUCUGCGGGAUCCAGAAGCGGUACACCAACACUGAUUCUGCGACUAGCAUUUGAGAGAGCCAAGAAAAUUACUCAGCAACUCAAUAUUCCCUCUAAAAUUGAUGUAAAUGGCGACAUGGUCCUAGACAUGGAUGGUUACAAACCUAACUCUCAGAAGAAUAUCGACGAAUCUGAUGAACUUGUGCACAAGGUCUUUUUGAAGGAGAUGAACAGUCUUUUGGAAGGCAAGGAACCCAUGGUGGAUCAUGAUAGGGAACAAGAAGCCGAUGAAGAGUACAGUUUACUCCACAGUGUCAUCACCAAGGACAAGGAUGGAAACAUCCGUAUUGUGAAUAAAGAUCCUGAAUAUGGACCGACCGAUUCAGAUCUUAUUGACUCCGAGAACUUAACUUUCCCUGAUGAAACCGUCGAAUCUAACCAGGAGAGUUCAAGCAUUCCAGAUGAGAAUUCCAAAACCUAUUUUAAAACAUUGAGAUUGACGUCUGAACAGUUAUUGAGCAUGAAGCUUCACUAUGGUAAGAAUCAGUUGAAGUUCAAGCUGACCUCGGGUUCCGCUGAAAUCCUUUCUGACUUAUAUCUUUGGAAGUCCACCACACCAAUCGUUAUUUCAGAUAUCGAUGGUACCAUCACCAAGUCCGAUGCCUUGGGCCAUGUACUCAACAUGAUUGGUAGAGAUUGGACUCACCCAGGUGUUGCUAAAUUGUUUCAGGAUAUUAGCAUGAACGGCUACAACAUUCUAUACUUGACGGCCAGAUCUGUUGGUCAGGCCGAUACAACCAGACAGUAUCUUGAUAGUAUCCUUCAAGAAGGCGUAAAAUUGCCGAAGGGCCCAGUUAUCCUCAGUCCAGAUAGAACCAUGGCAGCUUUAAAAAGAGAGAUCAUCUUAAAGAAACCAGAAGUUUUCAAAAUGGCAUGCUUGCGUGACAUCAAGAGCUUAUUCUUUUCUCCACAGUCUCCUUUGACCCAAGAUGACAUUGAAGAUGAUCGUACCCCUUUCUAUGCUGGAUUCGGCAACAGAAUCACAGAUGCUAUCAGUUACAGAAGUGUUAAGAUUCCUCCUCAUCGUAUCUUCACCAUCAACCCUAAUGGAGAAGUUCAUAUGGAGUUGUUAGAGCUCGCGGGGUACAAGUCUUCCUAUUUGCACAUAGGAGAAUUGGUUGAUCAGUUCUUUCCUCCAUUAAAGUUCAUCAGUGCUUUCAAUAAUUACUGGAACGAAGACCAACUCAAUCAAUACAUGGAAAAGAAGGAUUCCAGCGAGCGUGGAAUUGCCCCUGUGCCUGGAUCGCCCCGUUCGAUUGAUAUUCCGGGCUCUCCCAGAAGUGUGACAAGCUUCCACGAAGAGUCAGUGUACAGAGCGGAUGAGAAAUACACCGAUUUGAAUUAUUGGAGGGAUCCUAUCCCUAGCAUGAGCGAUUUCAGUGACUUAGAGGAUGAUGAGGCAGAGCCUGAAGAGCUUAAGUCUACACCCUCGUCGCCAAAGGUUGGAUAUUCUAGUGUUCCAGCAUCACCAUCGCAGUUGUCAGUAAACUCCAGUUCCAGCAGUAGACUGCUGCCAAAAGUGAAGGAAAGACCAACCUCAGGUUCAUUUGCAUCUCCUUUGAAAAGUUUCAUGAUGCGUGGAACGACGAGAACUCAAGAACCGAAGGCUUUAGAUAUUCCAUUGAGUUCUCAAAAAGCCAAUUUGCUAGAUGAUGACGACGACUAUGAUGACUACACAGAUGAUGAUUACGAUGACUACACUGAUGGGCAGGAGGACAUCGACGAUGAUGAUGAGGAAGAUGACGAGGAAGAUGCAGAUGACUAUGAAGAUGAUGACGAUGACGACGAUAACGAUGAAGAUGAAGACGACGAGGAAGAAUUUGAUGGAGAGGAUGUUGACGAAGAACCUUCAUACAGUUACGACAUAGACUUCGAUGAUGAUGAUAUUGAUGAAGACGACGCACUUCCCAAAGCAUCUCCAAGAGCACAGGCAUACGCACCCAACAGCCCACCUCCUGAGACAGACAGUGACGUUAUCGUCUCCAAAGCAAGCGACGUUUUGAAGAAGAUAUUCGAUUAG